AUGGCUGGCAUGACUACAAUCAAUAGAGACAGCAAUAUUUACUGGUCGAUACUCAGUUCGCUUGACGAGAGCACCAACUGUAGUGACGACGUACCCCUGUACGCAUUGGCAUGCACAUCACUCACUGCAUUGCUUCGCGAUGACAACAUCCAUUUGUUGGAUAAUCUGCUGUCACUGCUCACUCAAUCAUUGGAACACCUUGUCUCCACAAUGAACCAUGACGACCAUUUCGACUUGCAGACGCCAGUUGCGCAGAAGGAGGACGCACGCCACACGCGCAACUACCUCUCUCACCAUUUGGUAGUCUUCACACUCAUCUCAUCGUUGGUGAACAAGUUCCACAGCAAGUCCGAGGCCGUGCAGCAGUUCACCAACAGCUUGGUGGGAGGCUCACUGCUCACCAGCAUGCUGCUCUCACACAACAUCGAGCUCAGACAGUCCCUGAUCAACUCACUUCUCCCAGCCGUUCUCGAGUAUGGCACUCCAACCCUAAUGUUUGGAUCAUUCGUCCCAAUCCUCAUGCAAAUGAUGUCGAUCACUGAUCAUCAGAUCAAGUCCGAUGCCUACAAGAUCCUCACCAAGCAGUACAGCAACUUCUUCACCUCCCCCUGUGACCUCAGAGAGAGCGAGACCUUCUGGAAGUUUGAAAUACUUGGAUUCAUGGACACUGAUCCAUUGAUAAGGAAGCGUGCCAGCUAUCUUUUGAAGAGGAUCAUCAAACAGUCGAUCGAACAACAGGACCAUGAGUCUAAUGUUAAAUGGACUGAGCAUUACAAAUGGUCAAAGGAGGAGAGCGAACAUUGGCAGAGGGAAUGGGACAGGUUCUUCCUGAUCAACGAGACCAUCGAUGAGUUCAACGUUCAUUUGAUCCAGCCAGUAUGGCGCGAGAUAGACCAAUUGGUGCUCUCAACCAAUCGCAUCCACUUUGAUUGGAUCAACAUCCUCUUCCAACGUGUGAUGAACCAUGAGAACCCUGCUGUUGUCAAGGCCCAGGUGCUGGUGAUCCUCAACUCUGAUCAAUACAUCCCAAGACUGCCCAUGCACUUUGUCUUUGGCACUUUGAUCAAGGCUGUGACCAACCCAAUGCUCUACCGUGGAAUUACAGAGGACACGAUCAACCCGGCACUUCAACACUUCUUUGACACCUAUUACAACUCGUUGGACACGCCAUUGCUACAAGGAGAAUGCCUCUCUCAGUUGCUCACUUUCAUCUCAAACCAGGUCCUUUACAGGGACUUCAUUGCCGCCGCCCUUGCCUUCCUUGGCCGCGCUAACCAAGGCAGGAAACAAGAAGAGCUAUGCUUCAUCGAUGACUCCCACGUCGAGAGAAUCCUCACUUUAUUGGAGUCAAGUCGAAGGAUGAAUCACACAUACCGAACAAGGGCAUACAAGUACAUUGUGGAGAUAUUGGUCACAUUGUCAAUUAAGGAUGGUCUGUCAUUCUCGAAUGUCUGCAGACUACUUUAUACCGUGCCCAUCCAGACACACACAGUCGCAGAGUAUUCUGCGUUGAUCAGAGAAUGGCUGCAGCGAACUGGAUUCUCAGAUGCCAACUGGUUGACAAACAACAUCACUCAGGAGAUUGCUGCCAACAAUUCUCUGGUUGGAGAUGGUCUGGUGAGCGAUGGAGACACAUUCGUGCGUAUGAAGACCAAAUGCUACAUGCUCUCCAGACUGGCGAUUUACACAUCAGACAUUGGAUUCAAAUCUAUAGUUGGUGACAUUAUCAGUGGCAUCACAUUGAAUGCUAGUGAGCUCAGCAACACAUGCAUCUACAGCCUUACACUACUCUCGACCAUUCUCUCCAACUCCAUCUCAAACACACAGGCCGCUCAACUACGCGACACACUCUCAACCAACAACUUUGCCACAACAUUCAUUCGUUACUUGAUCAACAAUGAUGUUGUUAGCAACAAUCAACACAUUAUUAACAACAUGGUCAAGCUUGAGUUUGGUGACUCUUUGAUGUCUAUUGUGUCAUUCAUCAUUGGAAUGGUUGAGAAGAAUACUUUGGAUGAGUAUGUGACCAAGUUGAUAACGACAAAGCCAUCAAGGUCAAGAUCAUGGAAGGAUCAGAUUGCAUCAAUCACUCUGUUCCAAUACUUUUAUGGAGUGUUUGGAAGAAGAGUCCAACUGUUUAGUACCGAACAACUCAAACAAUCAAUCACCAUGCUCAUCCCAUUGUCGUUGCAGCGUCCACUAGAGGAUACCUUUGACCAUGGACUCAACGCACAGGAUUGGGGCAACACCCUCGCCUACUUUAUGAAGAUCAAGUGGAAGUGCAUCCGUAACCUACUCACAAUCCUCAGCGACUCCACACCCAAUGGAUUGAUGUUGCUGGCCGAUAACUCAAAGGAGAUGAUGGAGGACAUCAUUGAUGCUGUCAGUGGAGCCAACAGAUAUAGCAUCAAACCUAUCAUGAACUGUGCUCAACUGUUACUUCCAUUCGCCAUCGAUCAGGAGACUGGAGACUACGACGUUGACACAAUCGAGCGAAUCGUAUCAUCAGCGUACGCAUCGGCCAACGACACUUUAUUCACAUCGAUGACGGCAUUCGUUCAAUUGGCAUUCUGUCCAGCACUGUUGGCACAUAUGCCCAGCGACAUGGACGGACACAACCAUCACACCGUACUCCAGAAGUACUUUAGACAGGUGUUGACACUAUCCGACACGAUGGUCGGACUGAUGAACCUCUUGGUGAUGAAGUGCACGCCCGUAUGGAUCGAGCGACCCGACAUUGCACUGCUCUACAUCGAUGAGAUCUAUCUCUCAUUGAUCUUUGGACCAAUUCGCAAGGAAGACGACUGGGAUCAAUCAAACGACAUCUCUCCACAGUUCUAUGAUCCAAUCAUUGGAUUCUCGACGUUUGCAUUCGAUAUGGGCGUGGACGCAGCAUUGGAGAAUGAUGUUGAUGAGCAACAGUAUGGAGUUGGAAGCAUUCCUUUGAAGGAUGCAUUUGGACGUGCAGUGUUGGCAACAUUUAUCAAGAAGAUGGGAGUGUUGGCAACUUCCACUGGCAAUUAUGAAUUCGUCAAUCGUAUCUCUGAGUAUAUGAUCGAUAUCAAUCUCACCAAAGAGUUCACCAAGAAGACUGAACAUCUCAUCAAUACUCAACCACACAGAAAGAGAAUCAGGAUAUGGCAAGCAUUAUGUUUGUUGGCCAAUCAUGUAACACCAGAGGAUGAUGACAAGUUGAAGGUACUCGGCAAGAAGUUAUUGGACAUCAUGCUCGUCUACAACCUACCAUCCACAAGAAGAUAUAUCAAUAUCUUCAUCAUCAACAUGGUAUCCAGAUUCCAAUCACUUGUGGCCACACACUUUAUCCCACUACUUGACUCUAUCAAUGCUAGAGGUGAUAUCGUAACAUCAAUCAUUGUAACAGUUGGCAACAUAUUGUUGAGCAUCCAGAACAAGGAGCAGGUCAAGAUAAUCUUCAACAAGAUAUUGGCAUUCUGUAACUCUCAUCACUUGUCCGUGCGUAACGCUGCGAUUGGCGUUGUGAUGAAGAUGAUCGAGACCAACAAGUUAGAGGACAAGCUUGACAAUGGCAUGCUAGAGUAUCUUAAGCAGAUGGAAUGGUACAUCAGGACCAACAUCCAGACCUCCAAGGGACUGGAGCGUCUAACAGCUCAUCUCUCCAUCCGUACCGCCAAGGGAGAGGGCUGCGUAGACGAAUUGGUCAGCGCCACAGAUUACCAAAACCUCUACUACGACAUCCCAAUCAUUGACAAGUUGGCCACCAGCGAGAUCUGUGCACCUGGAGUGUUUGAGUUCCUUGUUGAUGAGGUGAUUCUCAAGUCACCAUUGACCUUCCAACUCAGACAAUACUUGUUUGAGAAGUCCAAGUUGGUUCUUGAUAUGGACAACACACCUGCCGCCGCCACCACGCCACCAACAACUGAUCAACAACAGGACAUGGCUGUGGACAAUGACGUGGCAGCAGAGGAUGACAUCACUGCUGGUGCUACAAUCACAAAGGCUAUUGAUCCCGAUGCAUACAUUGAGAUGGUUGCCGAUGGUCAGGUGACAGGAUAUCAAAAGAAGAUACUGCCUUGGAAUGAGAUUGAUGAUGAGUCGAGAUACAACAUCAUGGCGAGAGAGAGACAGAGGAUCAUCGUCGUGGCCACCUUUGUCGACAAGAUACCCAACUUGGCCGGUCUAGCACGUACAUCAGAGAUCUUCAACGUGGAGUCAUUGGUCGUGUCGAGGAAGGCCGUCAUGAACGAUCCUAUGUUCCAACAAAUAUCGGUGUCUGCCGAGCGGUGGCUGCCAACUAUCGAGGUCGAGGAGAAGAACUUGACCACCUAUCUGCUCGCCAAGAAGGCAGAGGGCUACACGUUGUUGGGACUCGAGCAGACAUCGACCAGCUCAAAGCUUGAGGAGUACAAGUUCCCUGAGAAGACCGUCAUACUGCUGGGCAAGGAGAAGGAGGGUAUCCCUACUGAGUACAUCAACCUUCUCGACAGGUGCAUAGAGAUACCACAGUUUGGAAUCAUCCGAUCACUCAAUGUCCAUGUUAGUGGAUCAAUCCUAAUGUGGGAGUACACCAAACAGAAGCUGAAUAGUAACAAGUAA